AUAUCCUUGGCAUGAAAGUCAUGGAGUAUAACAACAAGAAGAGCAAGAGUAGUAUGAUUGAAGAGUUGAACCUUGACCUUGGGCUUGAUCAACCAGCUGCAUAUCUUCCACCAGAACCAGCUAGAAUUUUCUCAUGCAACUACUGCCAAAGAAAGUUUUAUAGCUCACAAGCCUUGGGAGGACAUCAAAAUGCUCAUAAGCUUGAGAGAAGUCUUGCUAAGAGAAGCCGGGAUUUGAGUAUCAGUACUUUCCGGCCUCAUUCGGCCGGCUCUUCUUCUCGAGCCGGGACCGAAGAAAAUUAUUAUGGUGCUACUCUUGGGAGGAUUGAGAGGAGGGAAGCUUCUUCUCCGGCGUGGCCCGGGAGGUAUCGAAGGCCUGAAGAUGAUGAACUUGACUUAUCACUCCGGCUAUGAUUCUAUGAAAAUGAAUCAAUUAGUGAAUGAAUUAAUGAAUGAAGCUUGUUGUUGUUGUU